AUGGCUUCGUCAUUACCCAAGAGCUCAAUUGGAGCUCUGGCUCGGCUCAGAUGUCCCAAUGGCCACGUCCAACUACGAUCCUUCUCGACAACCGCCUCGGUCUGCCUGAUCGGACCAGAGAGCCCCAAAUUUAUCGAGAUCCCCGCCUCAGUUCAACCACAAGUUCGGUCCAAACCGGUCAUAAAAGGCGUUCUGCCUAGGCCCCGAGAUUUGUUUCCAAAACGUGCCGGCAACAAGACCUCUGCCGAAUAUUUUGGUGCGACGAUUCCUACACCGACAGCACAGUCCGAACCAGCGAAUGAUUAUGUGGCAUGGAAACGCGAAAUGGCUGAAAUGAGGCGGAAAAAUCUGCGCGAGGGCCUUGUGGCAUUGCGUGCGAGAAAGACACGUCAGGAUCAAAGGGUUGCCCAUCGGAGUUUGACGAAGAGCAGGGAAAGGGAAGCGCGGCUUCAUGCGCCUCAGCGGGAAGACGAAAGAUUGACAAGCCCGACAAUCACAGAAGCAAUGCGCACCCUUCAAGUUGGUCCUGUUCCGGAUCCAUACCGGAAGGUCCGGGUUGCCAAGAAGGCAGCGAGAGUGGCAGCGAACGAAGCUGCGAGGGAAGACGCCCGGAAAAACGCACUUCAUACUCUGUACAUGAAUGCUCGGUCAUUCAUCACGACGGAAGAGCAGCUCGAUGCAAAGAUUGAGGAGAUAUUUGUCAAGUUCCCAUUCCAGGGAUCAAGUUCCAACAACAUUUGGGACGCUAAGGGACCUCCUCCAACUGUUCGGAAUAUGCUGUCGACGAUCAACCACUCACAGAAGAGGGUCAUUGAUUACCACAGUGGCCCUGCUGUCAUUACUGGGGAAAGGAUCAAGAAGAUUGCUGAGGAGUUGACAGGUGGCAAGAUGGAUUAG